AGCGACUCUAGUUUGCUGAGCUCCCUUCCCAUCUCCAAUAAAGUUCUUCACUUUCGUCGCCGGCAAAAGGGUCUCAUCUCGCUGUCUUCGUUGAUCGGAAAACCAAGAAAAUGACUAAGUUAAGGAAGCUGAACCGAACCACGGCUCAUCGCAUAUCUAUGCUGAGGACGAUGGUUUCGCAGUUGGUGAAGCACGAACGCAUUGAAACCACUGUUGCCAAAGCAAAAGAGGUUCGGCGUCAGGCUGAUAGAAUGGUGCAGCUUGGAAAAGACGGUUCCCUCUGUGCAGCGAGGCGUGCUGCUGCUUUUGUGCGUGGAGAUGAUGUAAUUCACAAGUUAUUUACAGAGCUGGCCUAUCGAUACAAAGAUCGAGUAGGUGGAUACACAAGGGUUCUUCGGACACGUAUACGAGUUGGUGAUGCUGCACCAAUGGCCUAUAUUGAGUUCAUAGACAGAGACAAUGAGCUCAGACAAUCAAAACCACCAGCCCCUCAACCACCACCACCAAGAGUUCCUUUGGAUCCUUGGGCAAGAUCCAAACUCUGCAAGCAGUUUGCGCCCCCUAAAGAAGAUAAGAGCAAGAGCUCCGAGAUUUGAUAUGUUUGAGAUUUUAUACUCAUUUUUUUCUGAAAGAGAGUAUCUGUUGUCUUGUGAUUAUUCUCAGUAAGUGGAUAGUUUUUAUUCAAAAAACUUUCUGUAUCACUCUGUC